AUGGCCCACGAGGCCUACUUUGAGCAGGACCCAGGCCACUUCCUCGGCCGCUCGCUCCACUUUCUCCGAGCAUCAAUGGGCCAUCCCAGGCACCUACCUGGUCUCCCAGCCUCUGUGAACCCUGGGGCUCAGAACCCUAGUCUCUCCUGCUUCUGUGAAAUAGUCCAGGAUCUGGGCAGAGACUUCAGGCCUGCUUCAGCCAAGGACACCAUCAAGAAUGUCAUCAAGGCAUUGGAUGAGCUACUGGAAGUCCCUGGGGACCUGGAGGUCCUCACCCUGCCUGCCCAGCAGGUGGCCACCAACCUGCUGUUAUACCUGGAAGAAGUCCUGAGGACUCUGGCCAAGACCAUACCUGAACUCUCCUUCAACUACCAUUUCCCUUGGGACACAGAGCUGUCCCUGGUGAUCCAGGAGCAAGGGAAUAGAACCAUCACCCUGGGCCAGAGCCACGCACGGAUGCAGCUGAAGUGGGCUGAGGCAGUUGGCAUUGGGGAGCCGGGUAACAGCGGGGAACCAGAGGGGGCACCAGGGAGAGGGAAGAAGAGCUGGGUGUGGCUAGGGGUGAGGUCCCAAAUAUGUAACAAUUGA